ACAUUAUUUUUGUCACAAUACGAUUUUAACUUGGAAUUAUAGGCUUCAUUUGUCAUACCUUCCUUUCUUAAUCACGAGCCUUUUUCUAUACAUUAAGAUCCCUCUCUUCCCCAAUAUUUGUCACUCUCUCAAAACUUUUCUGCUGAAAUUUCAAGAGCAAGAAACAUGGCAAAUAUUGGUUCAUACUUUUCAAUAGCAGCUAUCUUCAUUUUUGCCCUGUUUACAACUUCCCCAAGCUUGUGCUUAGCGGUUAGAAAAUUCCCCAGCUCUGAAACAGAUACAAAGUUCAUCAAAACUUGGUGUGAUGCGACAACCUACCCUGACUUGUGUUUCGUCACCUUUUCUAGCUAUGCAGCUGAAAUCCAAGACAGUCCCAAAACAUUAACCACCAAGUCCCUCUUCGUCGCGCUUAACUCAACACGUUUGGCUUCCAAGAACCUUACCGACAUCUCCAAAACACAGGGUUUAAAGCCUAUAGAGACUGAGGCUCUCCAGGAUUGUGUGGAAGAAAUAGGUGAUUCGAUUGAUGAACUCAAAAGGUCUAUCGUUGAAAUGGAUGAGACUGCAGGCAAAAGCUUUGCUUUCCGCAUGAGUGAUAUUCAAACAUGGGUGAGUGCAGCUUUGACUGAUGAAGAUACCUGCAUGGAUGGCUUCUCUGAGACCGCCACUGAUGGAGAUGUCAAAGCUAAUAUGAGGACUUUAAUUGAGAAAGUUGCACACUUGACAAGCAUUUCCUUGGCUUUUGUCAACCACUAUGCUGGUGCCAAUAAAUAACCUAAACACGUAUGUACCAAUUCGGUUCCUAUGCAAUUGUACGUCUGGCUUGUAAGUAAUCAUAUUUUUCAGAUUUGGGUUCUGUUUUUUGAUGAUUUCACAAGCAAUUUAACGUUUGAUUGCUUGGUUUAGAUUGGCACUGCUUCGAAUAAGUAUGAAAGUGGUGUCAAGAUGUAAAAUAUGUAACUACAAUAAGUCUUAUAUUCAAACAACAUAUAAACAGAGACAAAUGCCAUAAUUUAAAGAUUUUGAGGUUAUUCCAA